GGGUGGUAACGUGGAAAACAUGGAGGAAAGGAGUAGGUAGAGUAAAGUUAGCUGCUACAUAUUUGUCAAAAUUUCAAAUAUUUUCGGACUUUCAUUAUAUUUGGUGCGCAGGCUGUGACAGAGUGCUACUGGCUGUUAUUAAGCGUCGUUUACUGCGCCUGAGUUGAGGGAGCGCUAAUACAGCUGCGAGGAAGCAUUUAUGAGCUUCCCUAGGACUUGGAUUAUUCUUGGUGGAAAGCAUUGAGGAUUGGUGAGUGUGGAUGAGUGGAGCCAGUAGAGAUGGGAGCUAACACCAGCCAAGUCAGUGGCCUGUCAGACAACACCAGUAUCAAGACGCUGAUAGGCACAGAGCCCAUAUCAGAGAAUGAUCCUUUUUGGAACCAGCUCAUCUCCUUCACUGUUACCAGUCCCACUUGCAGCGGAGAAUCCAAGAUGCUGGAAGAAGCCGUGAUCCCCCUCGCCAAGAUCCUCAUUGACAACAAUCCCCGAACGGGGAACUUUGGCGCGCUAGUGAGAAUUUUCCUGGGAAGAACCAAAGAAUUGAAAAUUUCCACAGAAUGUCAAGAUCAGCUGUUUAUCUGGCAGGCACACAAUGCGCUGUUAAUGAUUCGCUGCCUGCUCAAAGUGUUUAUCCGUGAGAUGAGUGAAGAUGAGCUGCAGCUGCAAUUCUCCUACCAGGAGAGGGUGCCAGGCUCCUGUGGAGAAACAGACAGUGAGGACCUCUUGGAGGAGCUGUUGUCCAACCUUGUGCACCUGAUUGUUGAAGUGCCCCUUCUUGACAUCACCUACAGCAUCCUGUUUGAAGCUGUGACCACCCUGUUGGUCUUGUUCUCCUACCAGCUCUUCCACAAAGAUAUUCUCAGAGAUGGUUUAAUCUACCAGCACAUCAUGAAGGGGCGAUGUUUAUCUUUAACCAGUCGACUGGUAAAGACUCUGCUCUACAACUUCAUCAGACAGGAGAAAUGUCCCCCGCCCUCUACACACGUGUUUGAGCCCAAAGCUGAGGGAGGAAGCCUGCUUUAUGGUCUGGCCUCAGGAGUGGCAAGUGGUCUAUGGAGCGUUUUCACGCUGGGGGGAGUUGGCAGUAAAUCGGGGAUGGACCAGGAGCACAACCUCUUACCUUUGUCCAGUCAGAGCCUUCUGUUACUGCUUGUCCUUGCUAAUUUGCCAGACGGCCCUGACUGGCCCAACCCUUAUCGCCAAGCUAUUACUUGUUUUCGAAAUACCCAAGACACAUCAUCCCAACCGGUGGAGCAACCUCAUGCCUUCCAGAUUAAUUUCAACAGUCUAUAUACAGCACUGUGUGAGCAGCAGAACUCUGACCAGGCCACCUUAUUGCUGUAUACCCUGCUUCACCAGAAUGCCAACAUGAGGACAUACAUGCUCUCCAGAACGGACAUGGACAAUCUGGUCUUGCCUAUCCUUGAUAUCCUAUACCAUGUGGAAGAAAAAAAUUCUCAUCAUGUCUAUAUGGCCCUCAUCAUUCUUCUCAUCCUUACAGAGGAUGACACCUUCAAUCGGUCCAUCCACGAGGUGAUAUUGAAGAACAUCUCAUGGUACUCUGAAAGGUCAUUGACGGAGAUCUCACUUGGCAGUUUGCUCAUCCUGGUAGUCAUUCGCACUAUACAAUUCAACAUGACCCGGACUAGGGAUAAGUACUUACAUACCAACUGUCUGGCUGCACUUGCCAACAUGUCAGCACAGUUCCGUUGUCUCCACCAAUAUGCUGCACAGCGCAUCAUCAGUUUAUUUGCUUUGCUUUCCAAAAAGCACAACAAGGUCUUGGAGCAGGCAACACAGUCUCUGAGAGGGAGGCAGGGAAAUAACUCAGCCUUGCCAGACUAUGCCCAGGACCUUAAUGUGAUAGAAGAAGUCAUCCGCAUGAUGCUCGAAAUCAUCAACUCUUGCCUGUGCAAUUCUCUUCACCACAACCCCAACCUGGUGUAUGCACUGCUCUACAAGAGGGAACUCUUUGAGCAGUUCCGGACGCACCCUUCAUUCCAGGACAUCAUGCAGAACCUCGACACGGUGAUUAGCUUCUUCAGUCAACGUUUGGAGCAGGCUGGAAGUGACCUGUCUGUGGAGAGGGUUCAGGAGGUCAUCAUGAAAGGAGCUCAGGCGCUACCCAAAGACAGGCUGAAGAAGUUUCCAGAGCUAAAGUUUAAGUAUGUGGAGGAAGACCAGCCAGAGGACUUCUUCAUCCCCUACGUGUGGUCGUUGGUCUUCAACGCCGGAGUCGGUCUGCACUGGAGCCCCCACGGUAUUGAGCUGUUCAGCAUGGACUCCGGCUGAAACCCUCCUGCAGCAGACUGUGCAUCUCCAUCUCGGUUCAGUGCAAAGAGCAACUCUGACGGCGUGUGUGCGAAUGCAUUACCUUUUGUAUUAUGUGCGCGCCGCUUCAAAAGUGCCUCGUACAGCAUGGUGUUUGUUUUACUGUGCUCCCCCUCCACCCCACUUUACUCAUAUCAAUAAUUCUUCUGUGAAGCUUCAGCAGCACCUUCUAUUACGCAAUCAGUCCUGCAGCAAAUUUACCAUCUGAGCGGUUUCACCUGCAGCACAUGCUGAGUUCCGUCUCUCUGAGCUCAGGACACUAGCGAGGGAUAAUCCCACAUUUUUCCUGCUUAUAAAUAAAGGUCAGUUAAAAUAUGCACCUACAUAUCAUAUGUUACACCUGCACUGAAUGCUUCCACAUGUUUGACCUCACAGUGUAGCCAGCCCACAUUUCUUAGAAGAUACGACAUGCAUGAAUUUCAUGUCUCAUGAAUACUUGUGUUUUUGUUUUGUUUUGAUCAACCAUUGUUCCCUUGAGUAUCGUGCAUCAGUACAAAUUGUUUUUGUUUUGCUAAAUAAAGUGUGUAGACACAGAGCAGGUCACAAAGUUCUCUCUUUAGCUGAGAGGGUCAUUAGGCAGCCAGUUUUGUUUUUAAAAGAUCCAUGAGCCUAUAGCUGACGAUUGGCAGCCAAGCUCCAGUACACUGAAUUGUAGUUUGAUUAAAGCUUUAUUUAAGGCCAUAGAUGUUAUUAACAGUUUGCAUCACAGAUUUGUGUGAUUUCAUUGCAGGUUGCAGCUCAUUUAUUUGACUUCCGUGUGUCCAUUAUUUCCAUUUUUCUCUCUGUUAACUUGAGGCAACUGCUUAAAUUUGGGUAGGUUGAUAAACCUCUUGUACCAGUGUGCAUAAUCAUAGUUGUCACUUUAAUUUGUCAUUUUAUUUGUGUGCUUGACUGGAACCUUUGUAUUAAAUUAUAUCUUGUAAUUUUUUUUAUGCCCCCCCCCCCCCCCCAAAAAAAAAAGAAGAAAUAACUUGUCUGAUUGGAAGAAGUGAAGAAAAACACGGUGAUACUAUACCUUGCCUCUUCUAAGCCAGGAGACUGGAUCUAUAUUAUAUUACAUAUUAUAUUUCAGCGGUGGUAAUUUCAUGGCAUAUUUUGCUUUGAAAAUAAGAGUUUAAAUAAAAGAUUGAAUUCAUGGAA